CACGCGCCGCCCGCGCACGCCGCCGCGCGACCCGCCCUGCCGCGCGCCACGCCGCUCGGCGCCAGCUCCACGCAAUCAUCGUCGAGUCCGGUGUCGCGCUACCCGCGGCCCACGGCGAACCCCCCGCCGAGCCCGGCGACGGCGAGCGGCGGCGGGAACACGCCGCGGCGGCGCCCCUACCGCCACUACCGCGCCAUGAACCGGCCGCCGCCGCCCACGCCGGCAUCCACGGACGCGUGCGAGUCGGAGCCCGAGCCGCCGGCGCGUGCGCCGCCGCCCUCGCCCGCGCCCGCGCUCUACUGACACACAUGUGCACAGCUAAUACUAUGUCGUUAUCAAAAGGUAUUAUUAACAUGCGCAGUUUUUUUUAUAUCGCUAUUUGUUAAUUUUUAUUUGUCUAAAAAAUUCUAUCGGAAACAUAAUUUCAUAUUGCUUGAUAUAACACCAUUUUGUAAUCACUUUCUGAUACAUUAUUAGGUUGUUCAUAAAGCUUUUUGGUUAGCGCAUUAUAAAAACCAUGUAUUCCUUUUAAGCUUGUUUCGAACAGACUUUAAAUACGGCGUUGAAAAUUCCUAAUGUGUACUCGCAUUAUAAGUUAUUACAGAGAGUAAAUAUUUAGUUAGGUCAUGAUACACAAAGCAUUGUGGUAGCUUUAUUUAACAUAAUUCGACGGUUAUAAAGUUAAGUGACUUGAGCUCUUUUUUGGACAUUAAGUUUAUACAUGUUUGAAAUUAGCACAUUAUUCUGCGUUUUUUAUAUAUAGUUUCAGUCAAGUAACUUUAAAAACUCAAGAAGUGUCAUUUUUUCUUAAUCGGCUUUGGCAGCUUUAAUUUACAUUUAUUUAUGUUUCAAGUCUUUUAUGUAGCAUCGGAUUAUAAAACUAAAAAUGUCUCAAAGGGUUUAUGAGCAAAUGAGACAGCUUUAAAUUCUUUCCAGUACUAUCGAAUUCUAAAAGUUAAAAAUUCCAAAAGAAGUUAGUAAAUUGACAUUUUUCAAAAUAAUUCUCAUAAAGUUAUAAAACUUAAAGAAGCCUCAAAAAGCUUUUGCACAAAUCGAAUUUGCAAGCUUAUUUUUACCAUCAUAUUACUUAGCGUCACUGCACGCUAGCGGGCGUAGCUCCGGCAAUGACUUAUGUGAAAGCCACAACAACAUACACUCCACACCGGCAUUCUCGAAUUUCAUUUUGUAGAAUAUUCGAUAACUUUCAAUCGGAACACGUGCAUCGCUAAAACAGUCGACUUUAUUUACGUGCUUUUAUUAAUCUGUUUGGAAAUUUUGUAUUGAUAAUAUUAUCAGUUCUGAAUGUAUCCAUUGCAGUUCGCUUGACGUAUUUGUCUAAAUAUUCGUGCCUUACGGCAAUGUAAUAUAGACUUUGUGUAGAUGGAGAACUAAGUCGAUAUUGGCCUAAUUAUUCAAAUACGCCAAGUUGAAUACGAGCGUGAUAUUACGGCUUGGUUGCCGUAUAACAUUCGAUCAAGUUAUAGAGAAGGUAUCAGUAGGGAAGGGUCCAUAUUACCCGAUUCCUGCUGGCUUCCGUUUAUGUAGGAUUAUGUGGAAUAUAAUUAUCAUUAGAACGAUUUGCAGACUGCAUUCAUGCAUAUGAGUAAGUCUAUGCUGUGUUGGGUUCCCUUUCGAAAAACUUCACCCUUCGCCACUGGAAGGUAUUAGAACUAUUUGAUAGUCUAUAACUAAUUGCCUUUAUGACAUUAUUAGUAAAUCUACUUAAUCAUUAUCUACAUGACAACAAUCCUGCAGAUAAGAAACAGCUUAGUCUGAGGGCAAAGUUGAACCAAAGUAUCGGAUCGCGGGGCGUUAAGAGUAUCCAAACAUACCCAGUAGAAAUACUGUGAAAAAUACCACAUCAAAAGUAUAUA